AUGGAUAACCAAAAAAAGAAUUACCGUCGGCCACGCAGGCGACCAGCGCAUUUGCGCACCAAGACUGGAUGUUUGACUUGCAGAAAACGGAAGAAGAAAUGUGACGAGACACCGGUAAUCUGCAAGAACUGCUCUCGGGGAAAUCACACAUGUGCAUGGUCAUCCAAGCCCAGCGGUGGUGGGACUAGCAGACUGAGUCAUGUCUCGAGUUCGACAGAGGUGUCGAACCGAGGAGAUCCGGAAGAAUUGUCCUUGUCACCUACUAUCGAAUUUACAUCGCAUAUCGAGUCCAAUGACAAUGUCAGUCAUGGGCAGACAAACAUUGACAUGGCUAAUCCAUGCAUCUACACACCAAGUCCAUUCGCUCCAUAUUCGCCCAUCAUAUCCAGCGAAAGCAUCCCCUUAUUCGAAUUCCUGAGAACGGCAUUCUUACCCACUCUCAUACACCCAAUGUCCCACCCGACCACUAUCGAAUUCGUAAAACAAGAGAAGCUACAGUCGGCCUUCGGCACCCCAUUCCUCAUGCAUGCUCUCCUGGCAUGCUGCGGAGCGGAAUUCCCGGCAGAUGAUAUGCGCUAUCGCAGGAUUGCGGAGGCACAUUACGCGAAAGCCAUUGGUGGGUUGAGAGCGUAUUUGGACAGUGUCACUGAUUCAACGGUGAGACUGAUUGUGCUUUUGAUGGGUGUCAUUGUGCUUUGUAUAUACGAGCGAUCAAGACCCCGUUUCUCCAGAGGCGUUGAUAUCCAUCUGCUCGGAGCGGCCCAGUUGAUCCAGCUGCACCUCAAGCAAGAAAGGCCAGGCACACUCUCGAAGUCAGACGCAACCAUGCUCCAUCUCAUGCUCGAGGCGUUCAUAUUCCACGCUACCACCAGUAUCCCAUUCCAGCAGCCCCUGGUGCAGUCAAAAGCGAUAGAUUCUGCCUUUCCGCUAGCUGAACGCGCGUUGGAGGAGUCGUCACACUGUUCUGAAACAUGUCUCCAUGCUUCUUCGGUCAUCGGAGUUCCACCGAAGUUGUUUGGAUAUAUUCGCGAAAUAGUCCUAAUGCACCAGCGACAUUCAGUUGAGGGGGUUGAUAUCGUGCGAUGCUAUGAACUGGAAUGCAUCCUCGAUUACUGGGAUGGGUACCUAACAAUUCCGUUCCCUCGUUCUCCGUCAUGUUCUGCGACAAGACCCAAACCCCUUUCACUGGGUCCCAAACUCUACAUUAUAGCAUCGAGGAUUCUCUUAAGAUACUUGAUCAAUUUUUCAUUCAGUCCGACCAUUAUAGCCAUACACGCAGAUACACACAUCCCAUCCUUGGUCUCCGAAGGGGUCUUCCUCAUCACCCAACUGCAACCGUCUAUAGAUUACUAUGCCGAGUAUUACUGCUGGCCGAUUCUGGUAGUGGGAAUAUCGACUGUUGAUCAGUUAGACCGGGAGUGCCUAUUAUCACAGGUCAUGGCAUUUUGGAAAGCAACCAGAAAUGGGACAAUGAGGCGGCUGGUGGAUAUAUUGACGAGGUAUUGGCGAGAUGGAAACAUGGAUGUGGACAUUGCUGGGAUGCAAAAUUGCCUAAAUUGA